AUGGCCCUGCGCCUGAGGGGUAGCAAGGAUGUCAAGAAAAGCUUCUAUUACGUCUGGUAUCUCGGCGCGAGAGAGGCCAAGGGGGUGGACGCGAUGCCCAGUGCCAUAGCUUACCUGCUGGAGCGGGAACGACUUCAAGAACCUUUCAAGGUCACACUGCAGGUGAGCAACAAAGGUCUGAAGAUCAUACAGACGGUUCACCCAGGUGGCUCCACGAGGUCGGCGGUGAAACACUUAGUACCAGGUCACGCGGUGCUGGCAGCCGUGCAGCGGGAGGACAUCGUAGCCGCGACUCUGCUCCUGCCGAAUCCCGCCACGAACAAUCCCGUGCACGUGCACGCGUACAGAUGCGAUUCGGUUGAGACCGCCGAAUUGUUGGGCGGCCAGCUGAAAGCGCUGGCGUCACACGCCGACAAUUUGGCCAGGGUCACGACGGGCGAAGGCAGAAUCCGCAACAAUCUAGGCAGCGACGGCCGAAGUACCAGAGAAUCCGAGUCCUCCGAAGGCAGCGGUGAACUCAGACACGAUCCGGUCCAAGCCACGACCAUUUACGAGUCUCUGGCCGCCGAGUUGCGGGCAAAAUUAGGUAGAGGUAAUUCAGGCGAUAGCAACGUCGGGCCGAUAUUAUUGCCGCCUCGUGACUACGACACUGUGCAUAGACACCGCGGCAACCUGGCCGGGAUCGAGUUCAGACGUUGCCUGAAUCAAACGAUCGUAGGUGGUAGCACAGCCGUCGACAGGGGUGGCACGAGAAGCGCAGCCAGCAGCGGAAUAGGCUCCGACAGCGCAGCAACACCACCGCCCUACCAGACGCAUCACCCUCUCGGUCCGAGGCCGUCCAGACCGUCCAGAGACUCAUCUUCCGAUGAUGAUUGGGGCGCGCCAAACGAAGAGAACGAUUAUCUGCCGGAAGUGGAAACGGCCGCUUCGAGUCUGACGUUGCCGCGACUACCGCGGAGCCCGGAAAGACUGCCCAAUCAGGUGAACAGGGGAGUUUCACCGAGCUGCAACAGGAAUCGAAGAGCGGCAGAGUUCAGACAGCGAUCGCCAAGUCCUCAAUACCAGCCCAGGGUCAAUCCCAGCGAAGUGACCAGUCCUAGAGAGAGGUUCCAAGAUGCCAAGGAAAUGUUUAGGGCUAUGGAGAGGGAGGCCAUCGCGAGACCCGUUCUCUCCAGGCAAAGAGACAUCGAGCAUCAUCCUGUUCACAGGGUUGAAUCGGCCAGACAAGCUCACGACGACCGAUCAAGCCGCCAAUAUCCGGCUAGUAUGAACUCCAUGUCCUCGCACGAGCAUGUGAUCAGACGAAAUCAGACAGACGCGUUGGACCGCGAAAAUGGCGUGUCAUACAAGGGCAGACCGCGACCCAGAACUCACCAUUACGCAAUUGAACGUCCACUCGAAACGGAAAGUUCAAAGCCACGACCUAGAAGCUUCUACGAAGACUUGCCGAUUGGUAGGGAUUUCAGAGACCAGAGGAAUCCCGUUGAUCAAAGAGAAAUGAGAGAUUUUCGCGAGCAACGCACGCAACACUCACGGGAACUUCGCGAAAAAUUGCGCACGAGGAGCACAACCUACCAGGAGUUGUCGGAGCAUGAAAGAUAUCCUGGACUCGAUCGUGAAAGUGCCAGACCAGCGUUGGAAAUGGCCCCGGCGCUCGGUAGAUAUCGCUACAGCUACGCCGAGCCGCCGAGACUGGGUCUAGCAGCGCUCCAUCCUUACUGACGGAUUAGCCUGUUAAUUAAUGAAUUAUUUAAUUAAUCGACAUAUCGCAUCGUUAUCACGCAUUAUUCGUAUCACGCCUUGAUCAGUUCAGUGUGUUCAGUGUGUUUGCGACUGGUGGUGAGCCUUGAUUCCGUUAUCGUAAUACAAAGUAGGAAUGGAGAGAGGAGGUCGGGGAUCGCGAUAUGAGAACUUUCGUUUCUCAAUUUUGGAGCGCCGUUUUCUAAUGUCAUCUUUCGCUGUCGUUCUGGUUAGUUACAUUCUGUACAGAGACUGCGACAGACUGCACAGGGUUGAAGUUUUGAUGCAACUGUUAAUCAUUGGCACGCAUACGUAAACUUCAUCAAUAGGAAAUAUUGCAAAAUAGGUGUUUCUUUGAUAAUCUCAAAUGACAGACUCUUAAUCACUUAAUUACAGACAUUGUGAGUCGUUUUGUUCACUCCUCUCACUGAACAGUCAAUGGCAUAAUUGGAGAUUGUGUAUGUAUAUGUAACGAGAGUAAAUUAGCUUGUAUAUGUAUUACACUUUCGAGAUGAAUACAAUUAUGUACCGUUUUA